AUGAGUAAGAUAACUUUCUACGAGGACAGCAACUUCCAGGGGCGCUCUUAUGAGUGCGAUGCAGACUGCGCUGACAUGCACCCCCAUUUCAGCCGCUGUAACUCCAUCAAGGUAGAUAGCGGCUGCUGGGUGCUGUACGAGCGUCCCAACUACACAGGCUAUCAGUACGUGCUGACCAGAGGGGAGUACCCAGAGUACCAGCACUGGAUGGGAUACAAUGACAGCAUCCGCUCCUGCCGUACCUUCUCCUAUACUAGCGGAGGCCCAUACCGCAUGCGCAUCUAUGAACGCCCCAACUUCCAGGGCCAGACGAUGGAGUUCGCCGAGGACUGUGAGUCUGUCCAGGAACGCUUCCGCAGCCGUGAUGUCUACUCCUGUAACGUUCUGGAGGGCUACUGGACCCUCUACGAACACCCCAACUACCGCGGCCGCCAGUACUUCAUGAGGCCUGGAGAGUACAGGAAGUUUAGUGACUGGGGCGCCACAUGUGCCACCACCGGCUCCUUCCGUAGGAUCACCGAGUUUUAGAUAAGAACACCUUCUCUGCCUCCCUAAACGCAGCUCGUCUCUAGUUGGCACUGGCUUGUCAAUAGAAGAGUAUGCCUAUUCUAACACACAGGACUGUGUCAAUAUAUUUUAUGAAUUUGAAAUAGAU